CUGCGGAUGGGACGCAGGCGCAGAGCUACCACUCCAGGAGGACCCGGAGGCCACGCGGCCUCCCGCGGUAGGAGAAACUACAUUUCCCAGAAGUUUUCGUUCGCAGCUGCAGAGCCUAAUCGCUUUGGAAUUAGCGGGCGUGGGGACGUCGCGACCGGCGGCUGGACAUGGCUUUCUUGAUCGGAGCCGUAGGUCGCCAGUUGGGUCGCGUCAGGUGGCUCCAGCCCCGCGCCUGGCUGGGGCUCCCCGACGCCUGGGGACUUCCUGCCACACAGCAGAACCGGGGAAAGGCGCGUGGAAACGAGUAUCAGCCGAGCAACAUCAAACGCAAGCACAAACACGGCUGGAUCCGGCGCCUGAGCACACCGUCCGGCGUCCAGGUCAUCCUUCGCCGCAUGCACAAAGGCCGCAAGUCGCUGAGCCAUUAAGGAGCGCGAAGCUGCCGGCAGGACCCCCAUUAGAGCAUUUCUCUGCCCUGGGACCUCUCCUGCCGUCUUUUUUAUGGGGAGCCAGGACAACUCAGACAUGAGCGCUCCUCAAAUUGUGGAGUCGGCCCCUGGGGGGAACGUCUGGGGUUGGACUGAGAGUGGGAGUAGGAAGUCAGACCUUGCCUAGUCCUUUUCUACGCUAUUGAAUUAGGAAGAAUUUCGAACAUAUGGCAAUAGUCCACAAUGAACCCUGGGUACUCAGUACACAGCUCUGACCACCAAUUACCCACAACCCCCCGCCCCCUCCUGUGUUAUUUGGGAGCAAAUCUCAGGCAUUGGGUUAUUUCUUCUGUAUUAAAUAAGAAAUCUCUCCAAGAAGAUGAGGACUCUUUAAAACAUAAUCACAAAACUUUUCCCACCUAAAAAAUGGUUAACAAUUCCUUAAUAUUGUCUAAUAAAUGUUCAAA